GUUUGCCGUAGGUGGGGCCGAAAGUUGCAACGAUGGGCUCUUUGCUUCAACUCAUCAUCUCCCCGCCAGCGGAAUUCGUCGUCGUUGGUUUUCCAGCCGUGGAAGGGGAAGAGGGGCCGGUAUGCGGAGCAGAGAUGGAUCCGUUUCUUUUUAAUCUCCUGAAGAAAUAUGAGACCGUUGCAAUGAUGGAGAGGGUGUGAGAUUUGAGAUUGAAACUGGAAAGCAUCGAUUGGAUUGGCAGAAAGGGAACCCGGACGGGCGGCUAAAAGAUGUGCCGAUGGCUUGAAGCUGGUACCGAAGAAGUUACAUCAUCGCGACUGUGGCUUUACUUUUUGGCAGCUAUUAUAAGGGAAGGAGCGACAAUAUCUACAAGGUGACCCGAUCUGCACGGGCAACUGCUCCUGAGCAAAGGAGAAGGAAAAAGAAAGGAUAAACUUGUCACCUUUCAUCCUUCAUCUCCUUUUUUGCUCAUCUUCUCAGAGAAAGGCUCUCUCUGUCUCCAGUCUGGCAAUGCUUGCAACAAAGAUUCCACCGCGGUGUCUCUUUUGCCCUGAUUGAUUCUCUUUAAACGUAUCAACUACGCGCCGCCUUUCCAACACCCACCACCGCACCACAGAUUCCUCAUCUCCAUUUGCACCAAUGAGACUCCAGGUAAAGUGACUGCAUGUAUAUGCCCACUUACCGAGUACCGCUGCUAACUGAUGGCCUCUUCCCUAUAGGCUCGGCAUUGUCGUCUACGUCGUACUCUAAGAAAUCAAGCUUUCCGUCAAUGCAAGAGGCGCAAACAACGGAUGGAACGGUGCAAGAGGUGCAGACAGCGGAUGGAACGGCUAUUUCCAUACGCUAUCCCGAGGCGCUAUUCUGAGGUCCCCCCCCAUCAAGCUCGGCACCAGGAUCCAGUGGGUUCAUGGCGUCCAGCUCCAUCCAUCUGUAGGGGUGUAGCCCCUCCAUGUGAUACCUACAUCAUACCCAUCGCCUCCUAUAUCAACGUGAGCAACCCCAAAUGCCAGGAUAGGUGUGACUUGUCUUCCCAAUCAGCCUCUUUCUUGAAGCCAAGACUGCCAUAAUUGCUAUUCAUGACCUAUAGCCAAAAUGGCUGCUCCCAUUGCCCUCUUUUCCUCUGCUUUUACUCCAUUCACGGUUCAGACACAGUCCUCUCCUCCCAUCUCCAUAUACGGCAUCAAAUCGUCUGACUCGUCUUCAUCGCUUCCCCCUCUUCUCCUGCUCCAUGGAUAUCCAGAAUCGCACAUUAUCUGGCAUCUCGUCGCUCCCAAGCUGAUCUCCCAUUACUCUGUUGUUAUGAUGGAUCUUCGCGGCUACGGUGCUUCUUCCAAGCCCGCCCAUAACACGGAGCUCUACGCCAAGAGCCACAUGGCCCAAGACUGCAUUGCCGUCAUGGACAGCCUUGGAUAUGCCAACCAGCCCUUUUAUGUCUGCGCUCAUGAUCGUGGAGCCCGUGUCGCUCACAAGCUCCUCGUUGAUCAUCCUACCCGUGUUCGCAAGGCCAUUCUCCUUGAUAUAUGUCCCACCCUGGCCAUGUACAACUCGCCAAAUCCCGAAUUCCCCAAAGUCUUCUUUCACUGGUAUCUCCUCAUCCAGCCGUAUCCUCUUCCUGAGACGCUUAUCAAUGGGGCUCCGCGCCAGCUCGUCGAGAUGUUCCUGGGAGUUGGGAAGCAUCCACUCUUCCACAGAGACGCUCUGGAAGAGUACGUCAAGUGUAUGGAGGAUAAGGACUAUGUCCACGCUACGUGCCAGGACUACCGUGCGAGUGCCACACAUGACCUUGAUGAGGCGAGAGAGGAUCUCGACAAAGGAAGGCUAAUUCAAUCGCCAAUCAGAGUCCUGGUGGGUAAAAGGGGCGUCGUCAGUCGGCUGUUUGAUGUGGAAAAGGAAUGGAGACACGUCACUGCGGAUGGCGUGCCAGUUGAGGUCGAGCACAUUGAGGCUGGACAUUAUAUUCCAGAACAGGUUCCCGACACUGUUGUCUCCAACAUUCUUGAGUUUCUGAAAUAACAACAAUAGUGAAGCGUGGAUAUGAUGUCUCCAACAUUCUCGAGAUUUUGAAGUAACAAUAACCGCAAAGAGUGGACGCUAUGUUGUCGCCCUCUCGUCACAAUUUCAUUUUCAAAGCAGCAGAAACAUCAAAGAUGAGCAAGAAGAGCAUCAAGAUACCAUGUUUAAUUCUAAUACAUCUAUCUCAUUAGGUAUAUGUGUUAUCGCAAAAACGCCGCUACCAACGGCAAUCCCCCUUCUUUGUCUGAGAACGAAACAAAUCCUUCCUGGCCCUUGUUCUAGUAAUUUGCAGAUGAAUCGGCAAACUGCCCAAGCGUGCGCAUUCCCCAAUAUGCUUUCCAUGGUGCGCCCGCUCGAAUAUGAUUUCAGUUAAAAACAAUAAAGUCAACCAGGGUAAAAAAAAAAAAAAGACUGUCAAGAAAAAGAAAAGAAGCUGCAAAACUGAGAAAAGGGCCAAUCCAGAACCAGACAAAGAAAUAUUUGAAAGAAGAAGAAAAAAAAGAAGAUAAAAAUAGAGCAACGAAGAAUCGAGUCCCGCCUUAAUGAUGCUUUGACAGCCCAUUUCUGCUGGUUUCCAAAUGCCCUGUAUCCAUCGUGUCCAAACCAAAAAACGCCGUCAACCUUUGAGCAAUGGUUAUUUUUUCGUUCCCUUCUCAGCAUUGAAAUCGUUUGCUUCCAGCCAUUAACCAAAACUUGCUCGCCAAUCUAGCUGUUCCCCAUCAUCUGCCCCGCCUAACCCGUUCAAAUCUUCGGACUUUUUGGUGCAGGGCCGUAAUGUCACCUCGUCGUUGAUUAUUAUACACAAUAUACAUUAAUAGCCAAAAAAGGCCAUGAAAAAGCAUUAAAAAAUGUAAGUUAAAAAAUUGGGGGAAGGAAUUUCUCAGAAGCCGCUUUGUGUAUCGUAGUUUCGUUUUCGUCCUUGCUUUCUAGUUCUCGAUGAUGGUGGUAGUAGAAAGACGCUUGGUGGCCUCAGAUCCCGAGCUGCUCAUAGUCUCCAGGGUCAAGGAUUGUACCGAAUAGCGGAGCGGUUUGGUUCCGUCUUCCUGGUCUUGAGGCGUGUGAGGCUCAUCGGUAGACUCACGGCGUCCCGG